AUGAUGUCAAGAGAGGGAACUUUUCAAGGAGAGAGGAUGGUGCAUCAUCGUCAGGCAGAUCAAAGAGAUCAAACUCAAUCGUAUCAACGUCAAGAUUAUCGUCAUGAUAAUGGACAGUGGAAUGAACAUGGUACAUUUUUAUAUCCACAAAAUAAUAAUAAAAAUAAUGUCAACUAUAAUAAUAAUAAAUAUGGAGGUGGAAAGAUUGACUAG